AUGAUGAAAGAAAAGAAUAAUGCUAUGGCUGAACAGGAAUUGGUUGGUGGUACCAGUAAAAAACAAAAUUGGAAAGGUUUAGGAAUUGCAUUUGUUGUCAUUGCUAUCAUUUGUUUACUUAUUGCCGCAGCUAUUGUUGUAACCAGAGAUCGUCCAACUCCGCCUCCUGAUCCUCUUAUUCCAUUAAGCGAACAAGAUAUAUUUAAUAUUAAAAUACCCAAACCAUGGAAUGGUACAUGGAUAUCGGAUACAUAUUUUUCUUUUAUGGAUACAAAUGAUUCAAUUUGGAUUUAUAACUGUGAUACAUUAAAAGAAGAAUUAUUGUUUAAAAGAAAUGUUAUUCAACAAGAAAGUAUUGGUGAUGGAAUUGUUUCACCAUCAGCACGUUAUAUUCUUGUACCAAAAAGAAAAACCAAAAAUCAUCGAUAUUAUACUGAAUAUCAUUAUGUUUUAUAUGAAAAAUCAAAAAAAAUUGCACCAAUAGGAGUUUCUGAUGGUCAAUUUGUACCUUUAUCAGCUGUUUUAUAUUCAAAUUCGGAUAAUUAUUUUGCUUUUAUUCAUAAUUUUGAUGUUUAUGUAUAUGAUAUUGCACGUACAACAAGUAGUAGAGUAACAUUAGAUGGAAAUCGAGAAAAAAUUCAUAAUGGUCUUAUCGAAUGGAUUUAUGAAUAUGAAAUUUUCCAUCAAAAUGUUCUUCUAUUCUGGUCACCAAAUGAUCGUUAUUUGGCAUUUAUUAAAAUAGAUUUACAAGAUGUUCCAAAAACUAAUUUUCUUAAAUAUGAUUUAUCAAUUGAUAAUAAUGAUCGAUAUUCAAUCCCAUAUCCAAAAUUUGGUGAAACACUUCCAUUACUUGAUGUUUACAUCUAUAAUAUUCGAUCAGGAAAAACUAUACGUGUACCACGUCCAAAAGAAUAUGAAAAACUAAAAUCUGAUCUAUAUAUUUAUCAUGUUGUUUGGUAUUGUGAUACAUGUUUAUCAGUUGUAUAUGGUAAUCGUGCACAAAAUUCCAGUAUAAUACAAUUAUAUGAAAUUCAAACAAUAAAUACUGAUAAUGAUAAAAUUAUGUUUAAAUCACGUUAUAUUGAAGAAACACGAAAAGGUGCUUUAUUAACACGUUUUCUUAAACCAUUUUUUUCACCUAUGGGUACAUAUGGUUUUAUUAUACGAUUUGAUCCAUUAAAUAUUGAUAAAAUAACACAAAAAGCUUAUCCAUAUAUUGUUCGAAUACAUUUUAAUCAAACACAUCCACAAAUUGAUGCAACAUUAUCAUCAGAUAUAUGUGUUGAUGAAAUAAUUUAUGUUGAUAAAUUUAAACAAGUAUAUUUUACUGCUUCACGUCAAAAUAAUUCAUUAGAACGACAAGUUUAUCGAUGGAACUAUGCGAAUGAUCAAAUUGAUGCCGAAUGUUUAUCAUGUCAUGAUGGUAAUCAAUCAUGUGGUUAUGCUAAUGCUAAAUUUAGUCGUGGAAAUGGUAGUUAUUAUGUACUUGAAUGUUAUGGACCAAAAAUUCCUUAUUCAACAUUAUAUAAUCGAACGAAUAAACUUAUUUUACUUAAUGAUAAUGCUCCAUUUCGAGAAUGGAUCAAUGAUCGAUUAAUGCCUUAUGUAGAUUAUUUUUCAGUACCACUAGAUAAAAAAAAUACAGGUAAGAAAACAAAAAUCAACUCACGAGGGAAGUACCCGAAGUGA